UUGCGUGAACAUUUUACCCAGUUCUUCGAUUUUUAUCCAGAUUUUAGUUGGAACACCGGAUCCGCGGUAUGUCCAACAGUGACCAGAUCGAGGACGAUGAGGUGCAGGAAAUUCUCCAGACGGGGACUGACCUGCGUCAGUACUCGGCCCAGAUCGAGAAGGAGUUCAAGGAGGUGGAAAAUCGAUCCAUCGAAGAUUACAUCAAGGAAAGCCAAAACAUUGCCAACCUGCACAACCAGAUUGGGAACACAUCCAACAUUCUAGAACGGAUGGAAUCGAUGCUGAUGGACAUACAGGACGCGUUGAACAACAUCAGCACCGAAAUCACGACGCUGCAGAAAAAAUCGGUUUCGAUGUCUGUUCAGCUGACCAAUCGCCAGUCGGUUCGGGCACAGCUGUCGCAGUUCAUUGAGGAUAUGGCCGUACCGGAAGAAAUGAUUGCGGCAAUCAUGGACACACCCGUGACGGAGAAGGAUUUCAUGACUCAUCUUAACGAGCUGAACCACAAGCUUAACCUGAUGAAAGAGCUCAACUUCAAGGAGUCGAAAUCAUCACAGGACGUUAGUGACGUCCUUCAUAAAUUGAAAAUCAAAUCAAUGACCAAGCUGAGAGUCUAUCUGAUGGAGCAGAUAUACAAAUUCCGGAAACCCAUGACCAACUAUCAGAUCCCGCAGAAUGCGAUGCUCAAGUUCAAGUUUUUCUUCGAAUUCAUCUUGUCGAACGAGCGGAUGGUGGCGCAGGAGAUUUGCAACGAGUACAUCGAUACGAUGGGUAAAAUCUACUACAGCUACUUCAAGAGCUAUUCCACCCGGCUGGGCGCGUUGAAAUUCGAAGAAGCUGUCUCCAAAGACGACCUGAUGGGUCUGGAGGAUACGGUCACGAGAAGUAUAUUCUCGAAAACAAGUUCCCUCAAGAAUAAGAGUACGGUUUUCUCGAUCGGAGACCGGGGCGAUGUACUUAACCAGCAGCUGGAGGCACCGAUCAUUGUACCACAUGCACAGCAAAAGAUCCGAUAUCCGUACGAAUCACUGUUUCGAUCGGAGCAGUACGCCCUAGUGGACAACGCUUGCCGGGAGUAUCUGUUCGUGACAGAGUUCUUUAUCGUUCGGGGGGCCCAGGCGCAGGAGCUGUUCAACCAAAUCAUGGGAAAAACGAUGGCUCUGUUGAUUAAAAAUCUCGAGACGUACGUUCAGGAUUGUUAUGACACCAUUGCACUGUUCCUGUGUAUACAGCUCAGCUUGCGGUACCAGCUGAUGUGUCACAAACGUUGCGUUCCAGCUUUAGAUAAGUACUGGGACAAUCUACAGGCAGUCAUCUGGCCCCGCUUCGAGCAGGUCUUUCGGAUGAACAUUCAAAGCAUCCAAGAAUGUGAUCCUACUAAAUUCCCCAAGGAAACUGGACCGCACUAUAUUACUCGACGGUAUGCCGAAUUUUCCGCUGCCAUCGUCGGAAUCUCGGAAAACUUCCCCAACGAGCUGGUUAGUCAUCUGUUGUUGGAAUUGCAAGAGGAAGUCAAAUGCUUUAUGCUUCGUAUGGCAGCGAUUUUCACGACCCGUAAGGAACAACUAAUCUACCUGAUCAACAACUACGAUCUGGUGCUGGGCGUCCUGAUGGAACGCACCCGGGACAACUCGAAAGAGGCUGAAGCAUUCCGCGAGUUGCUGAGCACUCGCAGUUCCGAAUAUGUUGAGGAAAUUUUGGCCCCCCAUCUGGGAGGUAUCAUCCAAUACGUCAAGGACUGUGAGCAAAUGCUCGAAAAGGAACAAACCGAGGAGUUCAAGCGUCAGGAGCGACGAUCGCUGCAGUUAGUGGCAAAUUUUUCGACCAACUGGAAAAAGUCCCUGGAAGAACUGAAUCGCGAGGUUUUCCUAUCAUUCCCAUCGCUGGUGACCGGAUCGCAACUGCUGCAACUAGCACUGGCACAGUUGGUGCAGUAUUAUCACAAGUUUUACAAGCUACUUACCCCCAGCGCUCGUGCCCAGCUGGUCAACAUUCACGUAAUUAUGAUCGAAAUCAAAAAAUAUAAGAGUAAUUACUAGACCACUUGAAGAAGGAGGUGAUACUUAGAAUACUUAUUAACAAUAGAACAGUAGUAAACUUCGGUGAUGAAAAAUAGAAGCCUGUGACCGUUUAUUACACUAUCUAUAUGAUAGCAAAAAGAGAAAUGACACCGGUGUAUUAUUAGCCACACUUGUGCAACACUUUUCCACUUAAAAUCUGAAGAGACUCGUGUUCGUUGAGGUUACCGAGGAUACCUUUUAAUCCUCAUCGGAAAGAAGCAUCUCGACCAAAUCCUUAUUGGAAACUUGGUCGCCAUCCAGGCGCUGGGGCGACUUCCAUCGGAGCAA